UGUUACUUGGACAGUCAACCAAUUGUGCUGACCAGUAAGAUUCACAAGACAAGCCACUUCAUCUAACCUUUGAGAAGUGCGGCUUUUUCCUUCCCAUAUUCCUUUCAAGACCCUCAACUCAAUCUUCUUCGAAGCUUCAAAGUCCUGUCUUGUUCAAAAUGUUGUUGAUUUUCAAGAGAAUAUCAAAGCCUGGAGCUUUUCCUGGUCAACUGUCAGGUCUUUGAGUUUCUCUUCUUGUUUAAGCUUCACCAUCUGCAGCUGUUGCUUCAUUUAUACUCAAGCUUCUUCAAAAGGGUGUCCUUGUAUGCAAUCUUGAUCCUUUUCUCUUUGAGCUUUUCUCAGUCUUUUGACGGUUUUAGCUCAUAUUUUGUUCACUAUUGACUGCUCCGAGCUUUAGAUUUGAUGGGGCUGAUGGUGGCUUAUGAAGAUUCAAGACGUAUCUAUACCAGGACAUGAAGGAUUUGCUACCUCACUUUUGGUGCCUAGCUUUAUAUAGCAAAAAUUCUGUCUUUUGUGUCGGGUUUGUGGGAUUUUGCUCAAUGUUUCAACAAGUGGGAUUUGCCUGGAAUUAAGUUUUGACUUUUGGGUUGUCAGAUUAUUUCACUAUUUUGCUUGUUUUGACCAAUUUACAGUGAAUUUGGAGAGAUUGGGUCUGCUUAGAUUUGCUUUAUCCAUAGAAUGAUGCAGUUUGUGCAGGAGAAUUAGCCUGGUUUUCUGAAUUGGGUGAUUUCUGCUUCUUGAUUCAUUUAUAGAUUUCAAGUCAUGGAUAAUGUGAAUGAACUGUCUUCAUCCUUGAGCUUUGCCUCCUCCUCUUAUCUAUCAAAUGGGUCCAGUAGUAACCAUGUAUCUGCCUCAGCCAGUUCUCAACCUGUGCCAAGUAUUGAAAUUUAUUUGAGUCUAAACAAACUCAGUGGCAGUCUUGAGAGACUUUUACUUGAACCUGAAUAUGACUAUAAUGACGCAGAGAUUAUAGUUGAGGGCAACACAGUAGGUGUUAACCGGUGCAUAUUGGCUGCACGUAGUGAGUUUUUUCAGGAUCUUUUUAAGCAGGGAAAUGAUGAUUCGAUUAAGGAAGGUAAACCAAAGUAUCUCAUGUCUGACUUGGUUCCUAAUGGCCGGGUUGGCUAUGAAGCCUUCAAGGUUAUCUUGAACUAUUUGUACACCGGAAAGCUUCAGCCAUCACCUCGAGAAGUAUCCACAUGUGUUGAUCAUCAUUGUGCCCAUGAUGCAUGUGGCCCUGCUAUUAAUUAUGCUGUAGAGUUGAUGUAUGCUUCGGCCACUUUCCAGAUGAAGGAGCUUGUUCAGCUUGUUCAGCGCCGUCUUUCAAACUUUGUUGAGAAAGCUUUUAUUGAAGACGUAAUCCCAAUUCUUGUAGUUGCCUUCCACUGCCAACUGAGUCAGCUGCUCUCAGACUGCAUCCAGAGGGUAGCAAGGUCAGAUCUUGACAGUGUGGCUAUAGAGAAAGAGCUUCCUCAUGAAGUUUCAAAUGAUAUUAAAUCACUCUGUCUCAGAUCACAGGAAAAGGAUGAAUCAAGUAUGAUGGAAAUGGAACCAGUAAAGGAUAAGAGAAUCAGGAGAAUCCACAAGGCAUUAGACUCUGAUGAUGUUGAACUGGUUGAGCUUCUCCUGAAGGAAUCUGAUAUUACAUUAGAUGAUGCUUACGCUCUCCACUAUGCAGUUGCAUACUGUGAUCCCAAAGUUGUUAAGGAGGUUCUUGGUCUAGGCUUGGCUACUAUCAACCUUUGCAAUGCCCGAGGAUAUACUGUACUUCAUGUGGCAGCCAGACGUAAGCACCCAGCAGUUAUGGUUCCUCUUCUGAACAGGGGAGCCUCUGCCUCAGAAACUACAGUAGAUGGUCGAACUGCUGUUGCAAUUUGCCGGAGGUUGACUAGACCGAAGGAUUUUUAUGAGAACACAGAGAAGGGACAGGAAUCCAACAAAGACCGGAUGUGCAUCGAUCUUCUAGAGAGAGAGAUGCAAAGAAACUCAAUGUCUGGGAACUUGUCAAUCAUAUCAGAGGUGAUGGCUGAUGAUUUGAACGUGAGGCUGGACUAUCUUGAAAAUAGAGUGGCAUUUGCACGGUUGUUGUUUCCUGCUGAAGCGAAGCUAGCUAUGGAAAUGGCUGAUGCUUGUACAACAUCAAUGCACACUGGCCUUUCAACAUCAAGAGGGUCAAGUGGGAACUUACGAGAGGUUGAUUUGAAUGAAACACCCUCUGGACGGACCAAAAGACUCCAAGCAAGAAUGCAAGCCCUCCGUAAAACAGUGGAAAUGGGCCGGCGCUUCUUCCCCCAUUGCUCAGAAGUGCUUGAUAAGUUCUUGGACGAUGAGAUGGAUAUGGCUGAUUUCAUCCUCGAAAAGGGCACUCCAGAAGAGCAGAGAAAGAAGAAGACACGAUUCUUGGAACUUAAAGAUGAUGUACAGAAGGCAUUCUGCAAGGACAUGGCUGAAAAUAAGCGGUCAGUUUUGUCAUCCUCCUCAUCAUCCUCAUCGUCUCCGAAGGAGGGGGUAACUCACAAGAUUAGGAAAAGGUGAGGCUAAUUAUAUUUUGCAGGAAGCUGUGAGAUUUUGAUGAAUUUGUAGUUGUAUUUUCUCCUUCCAUAUAUUCUUAGGAGCCUAUUUUGUGGCAUUCUCUUUAUCAAAGAUUAAGAUAGUAAAUUGAGUCUGUAAUAUAUAACUUCAGGUAUUUGGCUUGUAUAUUUGAUAAAAGAGCUUACAGUUAUAGUGAGAAUGAAAUCUGUACUCUUUGGAUUUCCCUGUGUUGGUGUGAUUAUGUUAGCCUUUCCACCAAAAAACAGAGAAUGUAAUUCUAAAUUUCUUUCUUUCAUAAUUUUAGUUCCUUGGGUUCGAUUGCAAA